UCCAAUAUGGAGGCCCAUCCAAGUUUACCAUCUAGAAUGACUGUUUCUUCCCCUCCGAACAAUGUGGGCAAAUCGUCGUUUGAUGUGUUCGCCACUGAUUAUGUAAACUAUGCCGGUGUAUACGCUUGCGGAAAAACACCUUUCGGCCACAGCUAUUCUGUAACCGUUUUGUCCAGAUCAAAGGUCCUGGGCAAAAUGUAUCUAGAUAAGAUGCGCAACGUUAUAGCUUCGGCUAAUGUGAGUCCACGUGAACUGUCAAUCGUUGACCAUUCGAAUUGUAGCAAUCUUAACGAGAAUUCCCGUCAGAUGUUCAAAGCAAAUAAUAUCUGGCACGCUGUAGAUGAAAAUAUCGUGAAUACAAUUGACGACCAAAAGAAAGUCUACAUUUCUGUCCAACCAAAGCCCACCGAAGAGAUCAGUGGCAAUCCUGGUGCCAUAUGGCUGCCAAAUGGAUAUUUAUAA